AUGUUGGACCUGUUGAGGCUAUUUUAAUGGGUAAAUAGAAAUAUGCAUCAGCUAUCAAAUCAGUCCGUGACAGUCCAUAGACCUUUUAACAGUUGUAUAACAGCAUUUUGUCAGAAAACACGGUCACGACAUAUACAUACACGCACAUAGCUUAGAACCAUACGUAAUAAUAUCAAAUAGUAUAACAACUCAUAUUUAAUAUCUUCACAUCUUGUCCUCCAAUGGGGAUGGAGAUAGCGUAUACUAACGUGUCAUUUCCCUCCAUUACACCUCACUUCCCGUCUUCUUCUCAUCCACUAACAAUCAACAACAACAUUGUCAUGUCGAAAGAUCAUCACCGUUGGAUGGAUCAGAUCGCGUAUUUCUCUUUAAACGUUAACAGCGAUCAGCAUAAAGGUCACUACUACCACGCAAGUCAUGGAGAAGAAGAGAUGAAAAACCCUAAUCGAUGUAACUGCAGUACCAGCAGCAAGAAAGAGAUGAGAGACUGUGGAAGCUGUAGACACUCGUUAAAAGCGUCGGUGUCGAGGGGACACUGGAGACCGGCUGAAGAUGCUAAGCUUAAAGAACUAGUCGCUGUCUACGGUCCACAAAACUGGAACCUCAUCGCUGAAAAGCUCCAAGGAAGAUCCGGGAAGAGUUGUAGGCUACGAUGGUUUAACCAACUAGACCCGAGGAUAAACAGGAGAGCCUUCACUGAGGAAGAAGAGGAGAGGCUAAUGCAAGCUCAUAGCCUUUACGGUAACAAAUGGGCGAUGAUAGCAAGGCUUUUCCCUGGAAGGACUGAUAAUUCUGUGAAGAACCAUUGGCAUGUUGUAAUGGCUCGCAAGUUUAGAGAACAGUCUUCUGUUUACCCUAGGAGGAAGACGAUGAUUACUCAUAAGCCACUCGCUAACCCUAAUCCUCACUCUUGCAAUGAUUUUGAACCUACUAGGUCAGAUUUGAUCCACCUUGUUAGUAAUGACCAGAGCCACCUUAUGUUACCAAUUCCUUGCUUCUCAGGUUAUGAUCAUGGAAUGCUUGAAAACCAAAUGAUGAUCGAUGACUACUCUUCAAGGACGCGAGAGGUCGCCACAACAUUCGGUGAUUCAAACCAAACCGGAAAGUGUGAGAUGCUUGAUGAAAGCAUGAAUGAGAAGAAGAAACCACACUUUUUCGAUUUUCUUGGGUUGGGGACAGUGUGACAAUCACCAUGAACAAGAGAAAGAGAGAGAGAGAGAGAGCUUAGGUUAGUUAACAAAAAGUAGGAGAUGAUUCCGAGUCUAUUCAAUGUAGUUUUGUUGCGUUAAUUGUUGUUAGUUCCAUGCAACAUUCUUAAACUCGUGUUAGUUACGUACGUAUCACUCUUUGGUUAAUUAAUUAAUGCUUUAAUGUACAUGCCAUAUUGUCUCACUUUCAAAAGCAAUGUUUGAUUUGAAGUAUAAAGAUGUACCACUUUAUAGUUCUAACCAACACUUUAACUUAUACGAAAGUGCCACAUUCCAUUAUUAAUGUGGAGUAAGAGAAACAACAUGCUUCAUAUAUGAAGGAGGAAGAUGACAUAUGUUGAAGAUGGGACGAUGAUGUGGAAUUAAGAAGCGACAAAAAAAGAGAGUAACAGAGAGAUCGGAGAUAGAGAAGUCAAACUAAAGAGAAUAUUGUACGUUUGUAGUUUCUUGGAGUAUGCAGAAAUUAACAAUACCAUGCGAUAUUGAUGAGAUCGCAACUUGCAAGAUUCAGGCUCAGAUUCUGCAACAAAAUGUCCGAACAUCUACUCUUAAUUAUUCUCACACCCAUUGCAUUUUUUUUGUUCCCUCCAAGAAGUUUUCUCCUUUUAUUGCUUCUUACUUAUGCGUCUCAUCAACCUCAUGUCACCCACAUGUCCCCUUCUUCUCCUCUUUUAUUAUAACUCCGGUACUAAUCAUUUACUUUAUUUUUAUACUAUAUAUUAAGUUGUAAAAGUCAUUGUACUUUUGCUGAGCUAAUUCAUUUCUGUGGUCAAAAAGAAAGAGAUGCUUUCUUCACUUGCAAUAGAAAUCUGACUGUUAGCUUGCAUAAAGGUGGAACACAUGAAUGGUUAUGCAAUUUCAAUAUUCUCACCAGUUACAUUUUCUUUACUGAAACAAAUAAUAGUCAUGGUGCAGCCUUUAAUUGAAAGCUAAAGUUGCCAAAACAAAUGUUUUGUGUCUUAAUCAGAAGAUCAAAUCAGAAAAUCUUUUAGAUUAAUGGAUUUUUUGGGUUGAAUAAGUUAGACCGUCGAUCAUUUAAAUACUUCUCAAAAUAUAUACUAAGGUUAACAACCACGCCAUACGCGGUAUGAACAUUUUAUAUACUAUUUUUAUAUAUUAUAUGUUUUUUACAUAUUUAUGAAAUAAUAAACAUAUAUUGAAUAAUUUAAAAGUCAGUAAUUAUUACAUAUAUAAUUAAAUUGGUAUGAAUACAUAAAUAAAUUUAAUUAAUCCAAACAAUCUUUUUUCUAUUUUAUAUGGUAUAUAAUUAAAUAUAAAUGACAUUAACAUAUAUAUAUAUAUAUUGUAUUUUUAAUAUUUAUAUAUACUAAGUGAUGCUUUCUACUCAUAAAGGUUCUUGAUCAUUUGUAUAUUUUUAUAAC